AUGGCUAGAGGUUCAAUAAUCAUGGUUUUAUGUGCAGUAAAGGGGUAUGGCUUUGAUGUUGUCGUUGGUUGCGGCGAGGAGAGCCUGGGAAGAGGGGGUUUGAGCAGAGAGGUGAGGGCAAGGGAGGAAGGGAGGGGAUGGGAUAGAGAUAUACCUGGGAGGGCUAUUUGGCGGUGGGUUGCCAAUAGUGGCAAAAAAGGUGUGAUGGACUUGCAUACAAAAGAAUUGGCUCGUCGGAAUGUCAUCGACUGUUCAAUCUUAGCCAUUGACACCUACAACAAUCACACGUUCAGAGCCCGGGAUGCUGCUACUGCUGAUGAAGAUGAUUCUCCUAAAAUAAAAAGAGCUUCAGCAGACGGCAUCAGCUCCAGAAAACCACUACCAUCAGACUCAACCCAACCCAAAUCCAAACCCCAAGAAAUCGACCCAACAGACUCACCAAUCGCGCCACCAAAAGCAAUGCCAAUCUUAAAGUUCUCUCUGUUCCGUGGGCUUCUUUUUGACCGUGGCUAUGAUUCCCGUGGCUUCUAA